AUAUAAAUAAAUUAUGUAAACAAGUUUAUCUUACCAUAGCACUAUAUGCUUUCAAUAAUUGGUUGAAAAGAACUUCAAUGAUGAAAGUAAAAUUACUGAAUAGAUCAUCAUGGUGAUGCAAGAAGAUGUUUUGUGUAAAAACACUUCACCAACCUAUUUUUUUCACAUGCACGAUAUCUGUCAAACAAAGUGGAUGAAAAGAAUGGAUUGUUAUACUUUGUCAAGAUAUACUUCAGUUUUUUUUGCGUUAUUAUUAAGCACAGGGUAUGCGCAAAUAGAUAAACAACUAGGAAUAAAAAGAACCUCGAAUGGAAAGACAGCUUUAUUUCGAAAAAUUGUCGCAAACAGAAAACUGAACAUAACACCGAUUACAGGUUACAGUAAUUGUAGUUUCAAAGAUUGUGGAAAAUACUGUGUUUACAACAUACAAUGCGAGUCCUUUAACUUCAAGACAGCGACAAAGACAUGUGAAUUGUUGUCUGUGGAUAGAAACAGUAAACUGGAUAAUACCACCUUCAUAGAUGCAACUGGAUGGGCAUAUUAUGAUACCGGAUUCAACAUUCGACACCCGAAUUGGAGAAACAAAUACUUGUUCAACAUUUCUUGUCCAGUUAACAAAUGCGAUAAAUGUACAUGUCUUCAACCACCGGAAGAAGAAACACAUCAAUGUGAUUGUUACUCAAAAGAGGGGCUAAUCAAAUUAGAAGCGGGCAACUGGUGUUGGUAUGCACCUGGUUCAUGUUCUGUUGUUGAUGGCGAAAGAAUCGUUAUCAGACCAUGCGAUCAAGAAGAUGAUGGUCAACAGUUUGUGUAUGAUGGACAAAGUGGCAAUAUCUUUCAUAAAUGCUCACAAAAAAAAGUUUGUUCUAUCAAUAGUAUGGUUGUGUUUGAGGACAGUUGCUCAACGUCUUGGUACAUUACAGAUAAGUAUGCCUUAAGCUCACCAUAUCGUUGUCCUUAUCCAGUCAGUGGUUUGCUUGAGGCUGACAAUGGACUGGAUCUAGUUGUUGGUGUUUGCUUCGCAGAAAAAGGAAUUCAUAGAUUUCAAACCGGAAUUGACGGAAGAAUUCAAGUUAAAAUGUUCACUGGUGUAUCAUCCGUUAAUGCAUUAACAUCCAGCUCAAAUUUCCCGGACAAUCCUUUAUAUGGUAUUGCAUGGUUUAAUCAAUUUAGAGCCGUAUCGUAUUUUGAUGAGGCUGAAUACUUUGGGCGCCAAUUUCAAACAAUAUUUGUUCCACCAAUAACAGGAUCUUAUAUAUUUUACAUCGAAGUUAACGAGCAAGCAAAGUUAUACAUAACGCACCCUAACUCUUCACCAGAACUGCUGAUAACAAUCACUGUCCCUACUACGUCAGUGCGCAAAACAUCUCCUCAAUUUCUAAAUGCUUUCGAGAGGUACGACAUUGAAGUUUUAUAUUAUGAUAAAUUAUGGACGGAUUCUCUUAAAGUUGGAGUUGAAUUCCCUGUGGAAUAUCCAUUGACGGAGAAAUACUUGUUACCUCCUAAUUAAAAGUGAACUCCUUGGAAUUUUUUUUGAUCAAUCAAGACAAAGGAUAGGUUAUAUCUUUAAAUUUUUUGUGACACACGUGUUAUAUAUUGACUGUGCAGAGGAUGGAAGAAUGUAUUCUACACUUUACAAGAAAAAGAAAAAAAAAAGAAAAAAAAAUUGGUAUAAACGUUUAACGGAGGAGUUAAACUUGUGCGAUAUUAAUAAAAACUAGUCGGUAACCCGUGGAUAAAUCUCCAGCUUCGCCUGUUCUUUAUUAACCGCAUUUAGUGUGUCUCGCUACUGUGGCUACCAUUUUCUGUGACAGACAGACGCAUACGGGUUUUAUAAUGUAGACUAGUUUUUAGCCCUUUUGAACAGACAGAAUACCACUAUUAUUAAAGAGACUAGUCGGUUGCCCAUGGAAUAAUAUAGAUAUAAUAUAGAUAUUAAAGUUUUUAAAAACUAUUUUGUGUUUCAUCGUUGCUAUUAUUCAAGGUAUAGAAAAACACAUUUCCUAUUCAUUCGAUUUUAACAAUAAAUUGUUUUUUUCUUAAUUUAAAUGUGACCACUCGGAUACCUGUUUUUUUUUUAAAAAAAAUAUCGUUAUUACAUACAGCACCAGGUGACACGAGCAAGAUUAUCUUUUACUUCAAUAUUUUUUCACUAUUGCAUAAGUGUAACUCUGCCUUAAAUCUAAACUUAUUUACUGGUUACUUAUUUGUUAUUAUUUUUUUGUUAUUUCGAGUGCUUUUUAACGGACAGCAAAUCUAUCAUACAAUCUUUGUCAAAAUUUGUUGAGAACCACUUGAAUCUAAACUCAUGUGUUAACUGCUGCAACCUUCAGCAUGCCUAUUUUUCUUUUAAUUUUGGGGCGACGCCGACGUAGAUUAAAACAUGAUGCGGACAUGUUAGAACAUAUUACUAGCAGAUUUUAAAAUCUGUCUAUCUACUUCACGUAUGUGCAAAGUUUAAGAUGUUGCGGCUGCUGAGUGUUGCACGGUUAACUUUGACAUCCGAAAAACUGGUGUUGUCUUAAAAUUUUUGUCUCAUAUUGUACUUAAGAUUUUGCGGAACGUUAUAUCUAAGAUUUUGUUUAAUAUUGUAUCAAAGAUUUUGUCUAAUACUAUACCUAAGAUUUUGUUGAAGGUUAUAUCCAAGAUUUUGUUUAAGGUUAUAUCUAAGAUUUUAUUUAAAGUUGCACAUAAAAUUUUGUUAAGUUUGUAUCUUAGAUUUUGUGAAAGCUUGUAUAUAGGAUUUUGUUUAAGGUUGUAACUAAGAUUUUGUUUAAGGUUGUACAUAAGAUUUUAACAUUGCAGGUAUACAUUGUUAUUGUGUAAUAAUAAGGACAUCCAUAAUGUACAAGUCUAUUUAACAGUAAAAAACACGGAUUCUGUAUGACGGCAUGCUUGCUAAUCUCCCUGGACUUUAAAGUGAAUGCUUUGCUGAAUUGAAGAAACAAUAUCGUUCACCAUUUUAGAAAUAUCUUUACCACGGGUUAAUUUUUGAAUGUAUAGAAUGUUCUAUUUUCUCCGCAAAAAAAUCACUUUGCUCAGUAUGCAACGCAAAGGUUUUUUGUGUAUGCGGAUAUUAUAAAUCGUUUACAGCAUUAUCGAUGUAUAUAUUUAUUAUAAGUCACGUUUAUUUUAAACAAUUCUUCUUGUUUUGUUUGUGUUUCGUUACCCACUCGCCAGGACCACGGCAGAGUCAGCGAAAUUAUCAUCCGGGAGUUGACGUCACAAGCCCUUCCGCGAAGGAAUUUAUUUUGGGACACAAGAUGGCAACUGGCACGAAGCUUCUUCUCCAGCUAAUAUUUUAUAACUUUAACAACGAAUAUCUUGCGAACAAAUUAAAAUAAGUACAAAAGGAAUUUUUUUCGUAAUUAGUACAAUAUUUUGAGCUGAUUUUCAAAUACUUUUUUUAAAGUGGGAGGUAAGCUUUAAGUCGCUAAAAAAUUAAUAACAACAUCAACUGCGGCACGCGCUAUUGGCCUUUUUGUCAUACCUUUGCAUAGUACUGUACUACGCUUGCUCUACAACGUUUCACCAACGUGAACAAGUCAGGUAUUUCUUCAAAUACUUAUCGGGAAAACAAUAAAUUAAAGUUUUAGUUUGCAAUAAUUUAUUUGCCGCUUGACAGAAGAAAGAAAUACAUAUAUGCUCUUACACAUAAAUAUGCGUUUUAUUUUUAAUUUGAUGAGGUGUAUAGUUUAUAAAAUUUUCUUACCUUUGUGUUCGCAUCACCGAAGAAAAGUAUAAUAAUUUGAAAGUUAAAACAACACCGACAAAAAACAUAUGAGCAAUAGGACAUACGUGUUUAUGAUUGUAGUAUGACCAAGGACAUAUGAUGGUACUGGACAUAGCAUGGUAGCGUGUAGAUUAUUAUUCGACAUAACUUCGGUGGAAUUAUCUGAUCAUCGAAUCAACGUAUGUCUAUAUACGUCAUCUAAUAUUUCCGAACUGAUUUUGUUUUUACAAUAAGUUUGACCAGAAAGAGAAAAUCUCUGUGCAUCUUAUAAUGACUGCAAUUAAAAUGGACGCCUUUUUCUGCUGACUACAAAAUUGUGUAUUGACACUUCGAACCUAAGAACAUCAGUUAUUUAUAAUAAACAACCUCGCUUUCAGCACUCUUUGAUUUUUCCUAGAAUGUAUCAGAAAAAGGCCCUGGUAAUGAGGUUAACAUAAAAUUUAUCACAUAUAGAACCUUUGGUUUUAACUUCACUAGCACUUCAACGCAAUUUACCUCGAUAAAAUUUGCGUCGACACAUCACAAUGAACAUACUAUAUUUUAGUUUGCGUGAUCUCUGACGACAGCAUUAUAAGAACUAAAAGAUACAUAUAAUAUUCGUUUAUUUUCGUUAUUGUUUACUCUUUUAUAUUUUUUAUCAUCUUACGCCAUUCCUCUUACAUUUUAUGAACA